AUGGGUCACCUAAUCGAAUAUGGUGUUUGGGCUGUUCCGUUCAACCUUAACUUGUGUAUGGCCAAACCCAACAGAAAAUGGUCUCAGCUUGUAGAGACAUCCAAUGCCAACCCUCAACUUUUGCACGGCUCAGACUUUCUCCACGACCUGAUUCGUGUCCUGAAGUUGAACGUGACAACGUGCCACUCUCUAGUUCUGAAGUUCCUUCCCCAGAUGGAGCACAUUUUUAAGGAGGUGAUCUCAAUGUACAAAUUUAUCUCCACCACCAUCUCUGGCCUGGUACAAGAACAAGGAACAGAAGUCUCGAAGCAGCCGAUUGUGAAUCUGAUGAGAACGGUUAAAAGAGAGUCUCUCAAUUUGACGUCUACGUGGAUUGCUCGAACCUCUGGCUGUAGGUGGAUAGACCUAAAAGGCGUGUCUAAAGCCAAUGGUCGAAACUUUGUGGCCCAAGUUUUUGAUCACGUGGUACUCGCUUUCAUCGAUGUUGUUUUAAGAGAUUACAAAAACAGUGUGCCAGACUCAAGGAAGCCAAAAGUUUUUACUUUACGUACUAUUACAAUGAUAGCCUUCAAAGUAAGUUUUGUUGUGUACUUUAUUGUUUUUUUAAAGAGUCAUUGAAGUUUACAUGAUUUUGUGAUUUCAGGAAAAGUUUGCGUGUCAUUUCGAGAAAAUUAUGGAGAUUGUACUUGUACCAACCUCUGAAAUGAUUCAAGAUGAGAACUUACAUUAUCCUGAACUGUGUGUCGACUUCAUCCAAAUGUUAUACUUAGCUACGACUUGGAGCUUUGGCAAUGUAAUACAAUUACCAGAGAAGAUGCUGGGACUUAUUGUUCAGUCCUUGCGUUGGGCUCUUCAACAUACCAUCAGAACCGUAGCCAAGAUUGGCAUCCAGAUGAUCACGGAGUUUGUCAAACGUCUCCGAGAAUACCCCCAACAACAGCGUCAAACAACAAUUCUACACCAGGUGCUUCAUGGAGAAUCAAAUAACGAUUUGAUUUUGAGCUUUUUGAAAAUAUAA